GCACUCUCACUUUGGCACACCGGUUCCGUGCACCGAUCACCCACCGCGACAUCCUCAGUUCCGCGCUAUCCGCAUAGCCGCCGCCGGGAAACCCCCGAUUCCAGAAUCCUCCAGUGUCGGAAUCCGCUCCCAUCCCCCAGCAACCCCAGUGCCCGAGGUCUAGGGGGCAAGAUGCGAGCCCUCCAACCCCCGCCCCCCGUGCGCGAGUGUUUGUGACAGUGAUGGUGAAGUUCAGUGGAAAUGGAUUUUCUUAGGCCCCCACGGCCGUGUCUCCGCUGAAUAGGAUCAGGACGAGGAUUUGCACUUAUAAGUCCACCCAGCAUAAAUGAUAUACUGAGACGAUGCACUUGAAAAGACUGGUUAGGUUCGGACGAAUCUAUGAAAUCUACUCGAAACAUCUACACCUACUAUUACUAAUAAUACUAGGCCUCAUAAAUGCUAGUUAUAGUAUAUCUAUGUCAACAAUAUUAGAAAGACUUGACACAUUUGCUCAACGUAGAUUUUCAAAUUCCACAAGUAGUGGGAACCCAUUGUGGAACGAACUGAUAGAUCGAUGCGGGAGCACGACGUCCUUCUCCUGCGUUCAAAGUAGUAUAUUUAAUUACCUAGACUCGAGAAUACUGAGCUCUAAUUUUUUCAUCACCGACGGUAUAUACUUUGUUAGGAACUCAAACAAAUAUGGCGACCUCCUCGGUCCCCACCACCCUACCACCUCGCAAUUUUAUAGUGUUAAUAGUAGUCUUAGUUUGUACAAUAAAUCGUCUCUACUUAGUCCGAAAUCUAGUACCGCCAACCAGCUAACGACGAGUCCGUUCGUCGUGACGCCAAGCAAUGUAGAUAGUUAUUUAGAAUCGAUACCAAAAACUAGUGUGUUAAGUAAUACGACUGUAGGAGACUCAAACGAAAGGGUAGAAAAACAAGCGGGUGACUUGAACGCGGGUGUAGAAAAGCAGGGGAGCACCGAACCUCUUCCGGAUGUUGAAUCGACGACGUUGCCCACGAAUUUUGAGGAGGAAGAGAAGGAGGAGGAGGAGGAGGCAGACACAUCAUUCGGGGAGUUUGUCGAUUCAGUUGAGGAGGCGGAGAACACGAUAGGAGGAGAGAAGAGCCACAGAGAAGACCGAUCUUUCACGCCUGACGGAGAGUCACAUCGAUCAAUCCACGACCUGAGUGAUGUUCUUUACGAGAAGGGUUUGAGCUACUUGAUGACGCAUGAUCUGCAAGUGCAUCUCCCUCAGAUGAUGUUUGGAGGAGGUCGCGUCAAGAUCUCGCCGAAAGGCUUUGAUGAGGACGGAGGGGCCAUCAUCAAGCUCAACAUCGACCCUGAUCCAGAACAGCCUGCUGAGGGCCGAAUCUUCAAGAAAUUUAUCCAGAAGCUGUUCAAGAAGAAAUUGAUGUCGAGCUUCAUGGCGCUGAUGUUGAUCAUGAAACUUCUGAAGAUCAAGAUGAUGUUCCUGCUGCCUUUGAUCGUGGGCGUGGGCACGGCGAAAAAGAUCCUCCUCAAAGUCCUUCUCUUCCUCUUCCCCGCCCUCUCCCACCUUUUCAAACUCUGCUCCUACUACCACCACCACGCCGCCAAGUUCCAUCUGCACCAUCACAAGGUAAAGGUUAAGCACCAUCACCAUCAUAUUCCGGUUCCGGUACCAGUGCCUGCACCGCCGAAGCACGUGUACCACCACCACCACUCGCCGCCACCCACGUACGAGGAACCAGAGUACCCGGGACCGCCGAUCCAUGGCAGCUUCCCUGGAGAUUCACACGAAGUCGAGCCCCCUGGCCCCUACGACGCCGGUCCAGAAAUCCACGGUCCUUCUGGACCCGGAUCUGGGCCUUACUACCCCCGCAACGAUGUAGCAGCAAACACGAUGCAGCAGCACAGCGACGAGUUCGCGAGUUGGGGUCUGAACGAGUUGUUCUCGAACACGGAGUCGCCAGGAGUCUACUCAGCGGUAGCACAGUCGUACGCCCACCUGUUCAACCCGCAGUACCCGCAGGCCUCUGCCGCCAACAACCCCAAUGCCAUCCCCACCGCGGCCCCCGUCCCACCCCACGCUCAAUCACCCUCCCUCAACUCCUUCUACCAAGGCUCCAACGAGAAGAACUUCAACACCGGCUACAAAACCCAACAGAGUAAAGGAAGCACGCUAGGCGUAAAAGGUGACGGCCUUUCAACGUACUACAGCAGCAACGACUACCCGAACCGGUACGCAACGGCGACAGCAACGACAGCAAGUCCGGCUCUACAGCCCGUCUACGACUCUUUCUACAGCCCGAUAUUGGAGAGGAUCGACGACGUUCUCCUCGGCAUGGGCGUCUCGGACGAGCCCUGCAAAGAGAGGGUUAUCUGCAGCAUGUACAAGACCCCCGCUCGAUUCAGCCCGCACAGCAAUCUCGUCUCCGCUGAGCUUAGCCGAGAUCCCACGGAGCUUCAAAGGCCAUCUUACACAAACGCAGCAGUGGUGCGCUUCUACAAGUACGUUCAAGCUGCCCGAGAUGGUCAAGACUUCAAAGACUGCUUGCGACUUUACCCGAGCUGUGCCAUCAAAACAGAGUGAGACAGCCCAUCUGAAUCACAAAUCACCUCUAUAACUCAGGGCAAUUAUCGUCAUUGGGACGUCAUCGCACUCCAUUUUCAGGGAAUUCUACGGAACUUCAUUGAAAUUUCCAUGGAAGAUAUUUUAAAAAGAAGACUGUAUCCCUCAAAAUAGUUUUAAAAUGAAAAGGAAUCUUCAAAAACCUUCUUAAAUAACAAUGAAAGUUCUUCGCAAUCAAAGGACAAUUGUAGAGACCACGAUAAUGUCUAUUGGGCUCUUUUUUAUUUUCUAUUUUUCCAUUAAAGAAUGAGACCUUUUUCAUUUCAGACAAUAAUGAGAAGCAGAAAAGCAACAACCUAGACUAUCAAGAAUAAUAUCUUUUCAAGCAUUGAUUGCAGAGAUAAUUGAACAUCAGUUGUAAACUUUUUUUUGCUUGAUUAAGUAUUUAAAAAUUGGAAUUCGACUGAAAAUUUGACAAUUUUGCAACCUGUCUACAUGUUUUGCUCCUGUCCUGACUCAUACGCACAGUUCAGUAUAGGUUUACUGUAACGAAUUCCAAAGUCAUCUUAAAUAAUAUAAUAAGACUGAUUGGUGUCAAUUGAUAAAAAAAAAUAAGUAGGUAAGUGAAAAAGGCGUACUUGAUUUCACAAUUAUUGGCAUAGUAAUGUCGUAAUUUUAGUGCCUAUGGUGUUUUCGAACAAGUUGACUAUGCCAUCUGUGACCGUGCGUAGUUUAUGCAGGCAUAUGAAUAAAUAUCAUAACUGACGCAAUUAGAUCACAAAAUAAUCAAUCUGUCGUAUAGGUAAUCGAUAGGAUACAAAAAGGUCCCAGUAAUGAUAAUAAUUCCUCAUACAUAUACUUUAUGCGUGAAUCUACUCAGGGUCAAAAGUGUGAAAGAUUUCGGACGAUUUAGUAUUAUUUUUCAAUUAAUUUGUUCCAAAUCUUAAAGAAUUCUAUAAACUAAAGCAGUGACACUUUUACAUCUGUUCUGUUGUCGUGAAAUCACCCGCAUAUAUGAGACCCAUCUUUCCCCACCGAUAUCAUUCAGUCUUGGCACUUAGAAUGCGGCACGGACUGAGACGUUUUCGGUUUACACAAUUUGAAAAAAAAAAACGAAUUGAGGUGGAUCGGUAUAUUUUGGAAAUCAGAUGCAGUUUAAAUGGGUUUAUUUAAUAUCACCUAAGUAAUCUGUAUGCAGAAAGUGUUCAUACGGCCAAAAAUGGACUAAAUGCGAAUAUAUCGUUCACAAUUACGCGUAUUUAAGGAAUAAUGUGGCCUUCAUUCGAAAUGUUGAUAAAAUUUUCAAUUUUCAUUGGUCUUCAGAAUUUUGGUGUGUUAACUUUAGUUUUACACUGUUAACUGUUACAAGAGGUAUUGAUAAGUGGUUAAGAAAUUUUGCUUGAUAAUGGCACUUACUUUCUUAUCGGAGCGGUUUGUGCAAUUUAGAAUAGAUCAGCCAAAAAGCACUCGCUUCACAAUAAUCGAGCAAUUUCAUUUCGAUAGAAAAGCAUGCGUGUGAGUAGCAGCUUCUGAUUUGAGGCUCCUCUGAUUUUGUGCAUUGAGACGUCCUCGAAUGAAGCGUCACCGAAAGAAAAACAGGAAAGAAAGAAACAAAUCAGCAACUUCGUGUUAGUAUCAGAAAAGUAUCCACGAAAUUUCAUACCCUGGCAUUUUUAGAUUCAACUAUAGUUCUUACGACGUCCAUGUAAAACUUCCUUUGUCAUGCCUUAAAACAGCACACUGAACAUAGUAUUUUGCCUCAUUUUAUCAAGUUAUCUCCCAUUUUUUCCUGUUAAGUGUAGACUUGUCGAUUCUCUCAGGAGAUUUUUGUACAACGUGUCAAAUGAUAUUUAUCGUCCGACACGCACUUAUUCUUGAGGUGAGGUCCUCUUUUGACCGUAGCAUCUGAAAAUCAAUGUAGUUACAAAUAGCAUAAAUUAAUCAAUCUCUGAUUAAAACAAUUACACCGCUGUUUGGUAUUUUGUAAUUUUUAUUCGUGUGCCUUUGUCAAAAUUAAGCCACGUAUGUAGGCAUUUUCAAUGUAUUAAUUUAUUGAAUUUUACUAAUUUAUUUGUAUAUAGUGUAAAUAAAAAUUUAUUUAUUUA